AUGCCAAUGAUUGAGGGAACAAAAGAAGCGGAUAUCUACGCUUUUGCUAUCAUUUGCACAGAGAUUGUCACUCGGAAAGAAGUCUAUGAUUUGUCGAAUCGAGAUGAGAAAACGGAAGAGCUCUUGUACAUGAUCAAGCGAGGCGCUCAGGUGCCAGUGCGGCCAGCUUUGAAUGUACACGUGGAUAUGGAUCUGAACCCAGCUGUUCUUCACAUGAUCCGAGACUCCUGGGCUGAACAACCAAUGGAUCGUCCCAAUAUCACAACGAUCAAACGAAUUCUCAAAUCAAUGUCUGGAGAUGGACAGCAAAACUUGAUGGACCACGUCUUUAGCCUAAUGGAAUCCUAUGCGGAGACGUUAGAAAAGGAGGUACAAGAUCGAAUGGUUGAGUUGGUUGAAGAGAAGAAGAAAGGAGACAUGCUUCUGCAGAGAAUGCUGCCAAAAAACGGAAUCCAACACGUCAAAGAAAUCGCCGAGAUGUCACUGGGAUUUUUGGAAACUGUCAGGCUCUUCCGUAUCCCGCAUCUCCCCACAGAGUCAGUUAACCUCCGAAUCGGGAUCCAUUCGGGCUCUUGUGUAGCUGGUGUUGUCGGAUUAGCCAUGCCACGUUAUUGUCUCUUUGGUGACACGGUGAAUACGGCUUCUAGAAUGGAAAGCAAUGGAAAACCUGGAAAGAUUCACAUGUCGGUUGAUGCAAUGGUGUUGUUGAAACGAAUUGGUGGUUAUGAUAUGGAAUCGAGGGGAGAAGUGAUCAUCAAGGGCAAAGCCCAACUUACGACCCUUCGGCAACCACCACUACCAGGGCAUACACCAGGAAAUCUUCCCAUUCCACUCACGAAGCAC